AAUAAAACAUUACGUUGAACAGACAGUUUAUGUGUGUGGUUUGUUUCUGCAGCAAGGUGGAGUUCAUCCGGCUCUUAACCACACUGUCACGAGAAGACAGUCUCGUCUCCUCAGACAUUAUCUCUUCUCUUAAUGACUGAAAGAUGUCCGUGGAGGUUGAAGAGGGACGAAAGUCAGAUUCAAAGAGAACAUGCCCGAUACUGCUUUGGCGUUGGUUUCCUCAUGUUUUCCUUAUUUUAUCGCUCGUUUUAUACGCAGUUUUUGGCGCAUUGAUCUUUCAACACGUUGAGAAUAAACCAUUCAAUGAGCCGGAGAACAUCAGUGCGGUGGCGCGAAAACUGGUGGAGACGGUGCAGAACCACACAGAUGCUUCAACACGGGAGGCGUUAUUCAGGAAAACAGAACAUAUUUUGUCCAAAUUCCUUAAUGAAAGGCAGUAUCAGAACUGGAGCUUCUACAGUUCACUUUUCUUCUGCUGUACAUUGUUCACUACUGUAGGUUAUGGACAAAUGUAUCCAGUGACUUAUGAAGGCAAGGUGGCUUGUAUCCUGUAUGCGAUGGUGGGCAUUCCUCUCAUGCUGCUAGUCAUUUCAGAUGUGGGAGAUAUCUUAGCUGUUCUUCUUUCCAAAGCGUACACUUACCUCAGCCGGUUCUUCAGAGGACGGAAGUUACAUCGCUCAUGCAUUCACAGACAUGAAAAGGCAUCAUCUACAAAACAAGUUCAAGGUGCUAAUACCGAAGGCACCUAUAUGUUCCAGUCGGCCCUCAGAUGCAAAUGCUUGCAGAUACGUAACAACAGAGAGAUCUUUGACCGCAUGAUUAUUAAGGAGAACGUCAAGCUCAAAACCGCUCUAACAAAAUCUUACUCAUGCCCAGAUCUUAACCAUAUGAAGUGCAUUAGACAGGAGACGGAGAGUAAAGUCCCUCCGCUGGUCAUCUUGCUGGUAGUAUUUUCUUAUAUGUUCCUCUGCAGUCAAAUUCUGAGAUGCUGGGAGAAGCAGAUGGACUUUUUUGAUGCUUUUUAUUUUACCUUCAUCACCUUGACCACUAUUGGCUUUGGGGACAUUGUGCCUGAACACCCCAAAUACUUCAUGGUUACCUUUUUGUUUAUUAUCACAGGCAUGGCCAUUAUAAGCAUGGCCUUCAAACUCAGCCAAUCACAAAUUUUAAGCUUUUACAGUCGUUGCAUGAAGUUUGUUAGCAUGGGCAAGGUGGAAAUACACAAAGACCCAGAACGUUACUGAAGGCAGAAAGAAGCAGAUGGUUUUUGUGGCUUU